CCGAGAUUCAGCAUGGCGCCAUCAAAGCAAGUCCCAUUGAUAGAGCCUCAUCUGAUCGAGUCCGAUCCACAGCUUGAAAAAUCUUUGAAAACUUUUGAAAACUUCCUCGCACUCAUCGGCUUCCGCCAGUGCACUGUCCUCGGCACCGCCUUGUCAUGGCUCGUCUUCGUUCUACUCGUCGUUGCUUUGCCCCUACUUUCGAUCCAAUUCUCGUACUGUUCCAACUGCGAGAAGUACGAGGUAAAGAGUUUAGAGCUCGAAAUCCUUGUGUCGCAAACAGUCGUUUCUGCUAUAUCUCUCCUCUCCAUUUCGCAUAUUCUCCGAAAGUAUGGCGUGCGGAAGAUGCUGUUUGUUGAUUAUUGCCAUGGACAUUUUGCCCAAUUUCGGCAUCUUUACCUUCAAAAAAUUCGCAUUCUCUUUGAAGGAUUCGUUUACUUUCGUGUUUGAAGCAUUCUUUAUGUUUCUUGCUUUUUCGAGACAUAAAGAUUGAAGACUACUUGCCGAGAGAUGUACACAUGGGGAACCAAAUGCCUAUCAUAAUGGCAUUUUACCGCUUACUGGCUUCGUGGGUCUUUAUUUGCCUUAUAUUAAAGGUGGCUCGUGAGAUUACUCGUGCAGUAUAUUUACACCAUGAUUCUUGGUGGCGCUCGGCUUUGAUGUUGCUUGCUUGCAUUGUAUCGUAUACAUAUGUGACUCUAGUCUUCUUAGCUGGUUGUGCCCUGUUCCACUUGGUGGGCAAUUUGCUAGUGAUCCACUUCGAAAAUUAUGGGAAACUACUGGAACGGGAUUUGGAUGUUUCAGUUUACAUCGAAGAGCACAUACGUUUAACCUCUUAUUUAUCCAAAAUAAGCCACAGGUUUCGGGUAUUUCUUCUUUUAGAAUUCUUGGUUGUCACAGUUAGUCAGUUUUUUGCUCUAUUGCAGACAUUAGGGAACCUUGGGAUCAUAAACUUCAUCAAUGGAGGUGAUUUUGCAGUGUUAUCUAUUGUUCAGCUUGUCGGGAUUCUGCUCUGUCUAAAUGCAGCUGGAAAGAUAUCUCAUAGAGCUCAAGGCCUUGGUUCAAUUGCUAGUAGAUGGCAUGCAUUGAUUACUUGCAAAUCAAAUGAUGGUUCCUUUUCAGCUGUUUCAGAUAGUGGUGGAAAUUCUGAUGUUCCAUAUCCCGUGCGUCCAUUAUCUAUGCAUUAUUCAGAAAGUGAUUUAGAGUCUGGUGAUUACGCGCAAUUGUCCAUGAAUUUGCAGUUGACAGCUUCCAUGUCAUCAUAUCAGAAGAGACAAGCCUUUGUUACCUAUGUGCAGUCGAAUACUGGUGGAUUCACUAUCUUUGGAUGGAUGAUUGAUCGUAUGCACAUUACUACGAUUUUCUUCAUCGAGCUUUCACUAGUUUUCUUCGUCCUCGGGAAGACUAUCACAAUCACAACAAGAUGACACAAUACACCCGCCCCAACCCCCUCUAUUUGAAUGGGGGCAGCUAAAAUAGUGUGAUCAAUAUUAAUAAUCGUGUAUUGUUGUGUUUAUCAGUUUAUGGCUUCGCUUAAAGCCAACGAGUACCAACUGAUGUUCUUAAUUAACAUAUUCAGACAGGAUUUUAUGUAAGACUGAUCUGUAUAAAUGUUAUUGUAAUGCUAAUCCAACUUUAUAGAGUAAAAUGGCCUCUUGUUGAUGUGCAAA